ACACAUCCACACAACAUUAAACAUCAUCAGCAGACACACUUGAUUCUUGAUAAUAAAUAAAAAAAAAAGCCAUGUACAAUCUACAGCUACAGUUGAGUUUACAGUACCCGAUAUCCAGUACAGUAGCAUAAAUAUAAAGUGAAGAAAGUUAGAAAACGGUUUUAGUUGGCAAGACCAAGACUGAGAUCAACCAGAUAUUUUUUUAAAGUUCGGUUUCUGAUAGAAGUAAAAAAAUUUUACGGAAACUUCAAAUCAAAGCCAUGUAGACAAUAGACGAAAUAAAACAAGUGGUCGAAUAAAAUAAAUAAAAAAAGGUCCAGUUGCUCGUACAUCAACAUCACUAUCAACAAAUGAUGCUGGUGACAUAAGUACGUGAUUUAAUUGGUGUCGUGAUUAAUAAUCCACUGCAAGACAAUAAAAGUAUCAGGCUGAUAGUUAUUUAUUUAUUUGUUAGGUAUUAUAUUUAUUGAUGAAUAAUAAUAUAUAUGUAAAUAAUCCGGUAUGCUUGUGUUAAUACCGUUGUUAAUUAUUACUGUGGGAUGAAUGAGGAAGAGUUAUUGAAACGAUCCGCUGCUGAGCGGGACAGAAUAUUCAGCUGCUACGAUCGUGGUAGAGAGAAUGGUGCCCAGAUUGACUCGUGGGAAGAUCCUGGUUAUGAAGUUUAUCACACAACAGACAGAUAUGGUUUCAUCCAUGACAAACGGUUACCACGUAAAUUGGAGACCAACGAAAUUAAAAUGCAUCAGGUCGAAAUGGAGCGGGUAAAAAAGUGGGAGAAAAUGACAAAACAUUGGGAAAGUCCGGUCACCAAAGAAAAAUUGAGGAGACGGGUUUACAAGGGUAUACCGGACCGUUUCAGAGGACAAGUUUGGUCGCUACUACUUGGCAUACAGACGUUGAAACAGGAUCAGGCUGGAAAAUAUGAUGAAAUGCUUAAACUUGCUAGGCAAUGGUCCACUGAAAUACGACAGAUUGAUGCUGAUGUUGCGAGACAGUAUCGCGAUCACAUUGACUACAGAGAGAGGUAUAGCAUCAAGCAGAGAUCAAUGUUUUAUGUACUAGCAGCUUACAGUAUGUACAACAUGGAAGUCGGGUAUUGUCAAGGGAUGUCAGUCUUAGCUGGACUAUUAUUAUUAUACAUGAACGAAGAAGAUGCCUUUUGGGGAUUGUCUAUUCUACUUGCAGAUAAGAAGUACAGCAUGCAUGGUUUUUAUAUAGACGGUUUUCCAAAGCUAAACCGAUUUAUUGAGCAUCAUGACAAAAUAAUGAACAAAUUUCUUCCUAAAUUGAAGCGCAAGUUGGACAAAUGUGGAUGUGACUCGAUGCUCUAUGCGCUCAAGUGGUUUUUUGUUGUUUUUCAAGAACGCACACCAGUUAGUCUUGGUCUUCGUAUUUGGGAUAUAUUCCUGUUAGACGGAGAUCGUAUACUGCCGGCGAUGGCGUACACAGUAAUGAAACUACACAAACGGUACCUAAUGCCGUUAGAGAGUCUCGAUGAGUUCUGUAACUAUUUACAAGCUAAAUUGGAAAAAGACUUUCGCUUUGACGAUGACACUGUUAUUAAUUCGGUCGAACGUAAUAUGGAAGAAUUGAAACGUAGUAAAUUAGAUUAUCCUGGUGCGCCAAUGCCACAUGAAUUACCACGAUUUCCUCUUGGUACAUUUAAAGAACCUUCUUUUACUAGCAAGGUUGGAAGACGCGCAGAAGAAUUCAGCGAAGCCCAAACAGUUUUACGGGAAUCAGUGGCCCAGCGUAGAGAGAUGGCGAGCAUCGAGGACCCACGGAACAGUCCAAUACCCGGAGACCCACCUAGUGGCAGCGAGCUUGGUGGAAGUAAAUUCUCAUUUGAUCCGAGCCUGGAUGACGGUGGAUCUCCAAGCGGAUCGAGACGUUCACUAGCCGAUACAUCGGUAACAUCAACAGCUGACCUAUCGGUUUUUAGUUCGGCGACAAGAUCUCAAGCCCUGGACAAUAGUCUUGAUACUCAGAGCAAUUUAUCCGUGGGUAGUUCUAACAGCGGAGGACUUCUCACACCUCGUGCUACUCCUCAUCAUCCCAGUCCAGAUAUCGUACGGAUUUACGUACCUUACUCUCCGCUAUCGCCAGCCUCUUAUGAAGAAGACUUCCAGCGCUCUCUCCCUCAUGUUCUCGAGACAAAUAAGAUCCGGAUUAAAAUAGACCCGGACGAGACACCGAUUGUCGAAAAUCUCAAACCAUUUUCUCUUGAGAGCCCGGAAGUUGAAUUAGAUUUGAAGUAAUUGUAGACGUUCGUUAAUUCGUUCAUUCAUUCAUUCAUUGAUUUAUUAAUUAAUUAAUUAAUAGAUCGAUUGGUUGGUUGGCUGAUUGAUUGAUUGAUUAUAAUUAUAAGCGCUCGUGAAUUUUUAAAGAGACAAUUCAAAAAAUACUCUACAUUUUAUUAUUAAUUAUAAUUAGGGACAAAUGAUUACAUUUAUUAAUUAAUUCGUUUGUUCCUCGAGUAUUCCCAUAAGUUAUAUUUUUUUUAAAAGUAAUCAAUAAUAUAUAUAUGAUAGUUUUGAACUAUGAUUAAUGAUAUAUAUUGUAUUAUAAGACGAACGCCUAUGGAAAUUGUUGAAUAUGUAAAAAUAGUUCGAUCUGAUAACGAAAACAAAAAUUCAUAGAAUUAAUUACAGAAAAUUAAGGGAAAAAAAAAACAA